AUGGCCGUUUCAAAUUUCGCAAACCAGACUUUCGACGAAUCGGAGGAAGAAGAUGAGGACUUCAAUCCUCAGCCUGUUGCUGCCUCAGACGAUGAGAAUGAAGGUGUCGAAGGUGACGGUGAUGCUGGUUCCAAGCCUUCACGAUCAAACUCAGCUCCACGUGUGCGGCCUAGAAACGAUUCAGAAGAUGAGAGCACAGUGAAAAGACGGGGCAUAUCACCAGAAAGGAGAAAUAAGCGACCGAAUGAUGAGGCUGAUGAAGGCAUCGACGACGAGAUUGACGGAGACAAUGGUGAGGAUGAUGAGGGUGAGGGUGAGGACCUGAACGGAGGGCUGGAUGACGAUGAUGAAGAUGAAGAUGAUGACGAGGACGAAGAAGCAGUCACUGGCCGACCACGAAAGCGAAGGAGGAAAGGCGGGUUGAACCAAUUCUUCGAGGAAGAGGCUGAAGUCGACGAAGAUGACGAUGCCGAGGAUGACGAGGACGACCUAGGAAACGAUGGCUUUGUCGCAGAUACACAUCCUGACGAUCUUGCUGCCUUACCCGAGGGGACAGAAACCGAUGAUCGCCGACAUCGAGAGCUGGAUCGCAGGCGCGAGAUGGAAGCUUCGAUGGACGCAGAAAGGCAGGCUGAGGCUCUACGGGAACGUUAUGGCAGAAGGGCAGCAGCUGCCCUGACAGAGUCAGUCGUCGUACCUAAGAGGUUGUUGCUCCCUGGUGUGGACGAUCCCCGGAUUUGGGGUGUGAAAUGCAAAGUCGGCAAAGAAAAAGAAGUCAUCAUGAGCAUCAUGAAGAGGAUGCAAGAGAGACAACACACAAAACAGCCAAUGCAGAUUCUGUCCGCUUUUGAGCGUGGUGCUGGUCCGAUGGCAGGGUACAUCUACGUUGAAGCUGUACAAAAUGCGCAUAUCGAAAACGCCUUAGACGGCAUUAUGAAUGUCUAUCCGCGGAGCAAGCUCAACUUGGUAUCCGUCAAAGAGAUGCCGGACCUACUGAGAGUGACCAAGACUGAGGAGCUCCAGAUCGGCGCCUACGUCAGGGUCAAAAGAGGGCUUUACACCGGUGACCUUGGUGUGGUCGAGGACGUUGAGAGCAACGGCCUCUCGGUCACUGUCAGACUGGUGCCUCGUCUGAACUAUGGCAUCGAUGAAGACGACAAGAACCCUAUGCUGGGUGUCAACGCGAAAGGCGACCCUCUAGCGAAGAGGAAGCGCAUGAAUGCUGUCGGUACUAAUGCCGUUGCAACCCGUCCACCACAAAGACUAUUCAACGAGAACGAGGCGAAGAAACGCCAUCAGAGGUAUUUGGCUUCCACUGGCGGAGCGUUGACCGGUAAAGCUUGGAAUUACAAGAAUGAGACCUACGAGGACGGAUUCUUGAUCAAGGAUUUCAGAAUUCAGCAUCUCAUCACUCAAAACGUCAAUCCCAAGCUGGACGAGGUGACUAAGCUCACCAAGGGUGCCGAGGAUGGCACAGAACGGCUGGACCUUGAGUCAUUGGCACAAAGUCUGAAAAACAAUACCGCGGAAAAUAGCUAUCAAUCUGGUGAUCACGUGGAGGUUUAUGACGGAGAGCAAAAAGGAAUAUCUGGUCGUACAAUCUCCGUUGCCGGCAACAUCGUCUCCAUCAGAGUCGAGGAAGGCGAACUUGCUGGUCAGGUUGUCGAUGUGCCCAUGAAAGGGUUGCGAAAACGGUUCAGAGAAGGCGACCAUGUGCAGGUCAUUGGGGGUAGCAGAUAUCGAGACGAGGUCGGCAUGAUUCUGCGGAUCAAGGACGAUCGAGUGACAGUUCUCACCGAUAUGUCGAUGCAAGAAAUUACUGUAUUCAGCAAGGAUUUACGGGAAGCUGGCGAUGCUACUGGUGAUGGGCGGCUCGGAAAUUACGACAUUCACGAUCUUAUACAGAUGGAUCCUGCAACUGUCGGAUGCGUUGUCAAAGUCGAUCGUGAAUCAAUGCGUGUCCUCGACCAGAAUGGAUCAAUCCGCCAAAUGCUACCUUCUCAAGUCACCAACAAGAUCGAGCAGAGAAAAGAUGCUAUUGCAACUGAUCGAAAUGGAUCCGAAAUCAGAUAUGGUGAUAUUGUCCGUGAAGCAGGCGGAGAGUCCAAAUCAGGAGUCAUCAUCCACAUUCACCGAGCAUUUGUCUUCGUCCACAACCGCACCCAGCCAGAAAAUGCAGGCGUCUUCGUUGCGAGAUGUGUCAACGUCACCACUGUUGCUGCGAAAGGUGGCCGGGCUACUGCAGCAGACGCGAAGACCAAUAUGGCCAUGCACUCGAAAAACGGAGAUGGCGCUCAUGCUCCAAUGGCUCCACCAAAGUCUGUUGGUCGAGACAGGAUGAUUGGCAAGACUGUGAGUGUCCGAAAGGGGCCAUACAAGGGCGUGCUUGGAAUUGUGAAAAAUACCACAGAAACAACAGCUCGCAUUGAGAUGCACUCGAAGGCCAAGGUCAUCACGGUGAGCAAAGACGAGCUGAUUGUGAAAGAUCCAAUAACCGGUCAAACAAUCGACAUGUCACGUUUCGGAGGUCCCCGAGCCUCUGGCUCAUCCCGUCCCAACUACAGCAGCGGCAGCACCACAACCUCCAGAAUCCCCAACGACUGGUCCGGAGGAAGUCGCACACCCAGGGGAGCCGGCGACGGUGGACGGACUCCCGCCUGGGGCGCCUCAGCCAGAACAGCCGCAUGGGCACCCAAUUCCAGCUCCUCCGGUGGCGCCGAUGGUGGCAGAACUCCAGCCUGGAAACCUCAAUCCGGAUCUCAAACAGCCUACGGCGGUGCUGGAAACAUGACUUCCUACGGAGGCACGACCACAGGCUUCGGCGGUUCAAGUGGGGGAGGAGCAGGAGGUAGAACACCCGCAUGGUCCUCCAGCGCCCGUACCCCUCACGCCGGCGGCGAACACGGCUUCUCCACCUCUGACGGCUUCGAGUCUUUCCCCUCCGGCGGCCGCACACCCGCCCAGGGCGCUACAUCUGGCUCGAGAACCCCGGCCUGGGGCGGCGGCGGCGGCUCCACUAGUGCCCCGACGCCGAGGUUCGCUCAAGAUGCGCCGACGCCUAGGGGCUGGGAAGCUGGAGGCGGCAAUGCGCCCACGCCGACUGCUGGAGCGGCAAGGGGUGCAAAUACAGAACCGUUGCUUAAUUCGAGGUUUGAGGCUGCGCCGACGCCCGGGGUGGGUGGGGGGAUGACACCUGCGCCUUAUGGGAGUGGUGGUGUUGGUGGUGGCUAUGGAGGUGGAGGGUAUGGAGUUGAUGCGCACCGACGCCUGCAGCUGGGGUGGGAGAGGGACCGAGGUACAUCGAUAGUGAUGAGGAGUGAUGAUUCAGAUUCAGGCAGUGCAGGUGUUGGGUCGUUUGUUCUACGCUGGGCUGGGCUUGUGCAGUGCUUGAGCAGCAGGCGAAUGGGACUUAGAUGGAAGCAGAAGCGGAAUUAG